UCCCAAAACACAACUGAUCCAGCUCUACCUCUUCUUGUCUUAACGUCAAACUCUGGCACAGAUCUCACUGGAACACAAAAACCAAUGGCUACUCGAAUCAGACAUAUAACCUCAGCUCUCGUGAUCCUCUCUGUAUUAUUACUAGUUUCAUCGUCUCUUGGAGUCGUCACAUCAACAGAGACGAAGCAGAACGAGGCGGAAGUGCGGCAGAUGUACGAGCGAUGGCUAGUGGACAAUCGAAAGAACUAUAAUGGUAUCGGAGAGAAAGAGAGACGCUUCAAGAUCUUCAAAGACAACUUGAAGUUCAUCUACGAGCACAAUUCGGUUCAGAAUAGGACUUACGAAGUCGGUUUGACCCGGUUCGCAGAUCUAACAAAUGAUGAGUUUCGAGCUAUUUACUUGCGGAAGAAGAUGGAGAGAAGUAAAGGUUCGGUGAAAAGUGAGAGAUACUUGUAUCAAGAAGGAGAUGUUUUGCCUGAUGAAGUCGAUUGGAGAGAGAAAGGCGCAGUUGUACCAGUCAAAGAUCAAGGAAACUGUGGAAGCUGUUGGGCGUUUUCUGCGGUUGGAGCGGUUGAAGGGAUAAACCAGAUCAAGACCGGUGAGUUAAUAUCUCUGUCGGAGCAAGAACUCGUUGACUGUGACAGAGGUUUUGUCAACGCUGGAUGUGAUGGAGGUAUCAUGAACUACGCUUUUCAGUUCAUUAUGAAAAACGGUGGUAUUGAGUCAGAUCAAGAUUACCCUUAUAACGCCAAUGAUCUUGGCUUGUGCAACGCCGAUAAGAAUAACAACACUCGUGUUGUUGUUACUAUUGAUGGCUACGAAGAUGUUCCUAGAGACGAUGAGAAGUCUUUGCAAAAGGCUGUUGCUCAUCAACCUGUUAGUGUUGCCAUUGAAGCUAGUAGCCAAGCUUUCCAGCUCUACAAAUCCGGUGUGAUGAGAGGAACAUGUGGAAUAUCUUUGGACCAUGGUGUGGUAGUGGUUGGGUAUGGAUCCUCAAGUGGUGAAGAUUACUGGAUCAUUCGUAACUCAUGGGGAUCAAACUGGGGAGAAAGCGGUUACGUUAAGCUCCAACGUAACAUCAAUGACUCAUUUGGGAAAUGUGGUGUAGCAAUGAUGGCGUCUUACCCGACCAAAUCAUCAUUCCCGUCGUCGUUUGAUUUGUUGUCGGAGAUUUAAUUUGCUCUUCCGGUAAAUGAUUAAGAACUAAUUUUGAAUAUUUUACUAAAUAAUCCAAUGGGGUCAAGUCAAAGUCUCACAACAUGUUAAUGUUAAUGAAGAUUCCAAUCUUAUCUUGUAUUUGAAGAACCUGCUUGACAGCACAGUCUAAGUACAGAAAGAGUUGUGAUGCUGAUGGUU